UACUUAACAGCCUUUACAUGUUUGAUUCCCUAACACAUUUUGUCCAGGAUCUCAGGUUGUGGUUGACAUUCAUUCAUUUCACUGUGGUUUCUCCAUCAACAGAAGAGAGCAGGAAGUUGUUUCUGUACAGGUCCUUGUUCAGCUUGGUGGAUGCUCAUACCUAUCUCGCUCUAACUGACCAAAGGUUGCUGGGCUGGUAUCUGUGUUUGUCCCCAGAGGACAGAAAGAUCAUACAAGAUGAAGGAGGGUUUCACCAGUUUCUGCAAAGACAUCCUGCCUUAGAACUGUCCAGGCAUCAUGUUUAUGUGAAGUAUAAUAUUGGAAGCAGCAGUCCUGUCCAGCAAACUGUGACGUCCAACAAACAGAAAUCAACAAGCGCAAAGACCUGCAGAUGGGAGACGAACCAUACACAUCUGGAGCUGGAGAUGCAUCGCGGUAAUAUGACGGAUUACAUAACCCAAGCUGGCUGUGGCAACAGUGGAGAUGGAUCACAAAAACAGCCACAUGAGGAAAUCUACCACACCUCACAGCUGAUCCACCUGCCGGACAGCUUCCAUACAGCCUACAACAGCUCCAUCACACAGGAAGCAAGCCAUCAGAUGGCCCACAGAGAGCGGCUGAAUGAAGAAGAGCCAUCAAGGCAGAUUGCCAGUACCAGCGGUGUCUCUGUGUAUGAGGAUGCAGCUGCCUCGGAGAGCUUCUCUCUGGGGAUGGAGCUGGAGAGAUGCAGGCAGAGAGGAAAUCCUGAGCUCAGGAGUCAGAUGUCAGAUGUCAGUGCAAGCUCCACAUGUGCUGAAGUCAGUCCAUUAGAGUCUGAAUGGGCCGCAGCUGAAAAAGAGUCUUCCUCUGAGGUCUACAGCUUUGACAGUAUUGAAAUAGAUGGUAGAGAGGACAAUGACGGGAGCAUUGUCCAGUCAGUGGAGCUAGAACAGGUGAACCGCGCUCCCACCUGCGACGCUACGGUUGGCACUGAGCAGGCACUGUGUGUGUCAGCUUCAACCCAGACCGAAGACCCAGAAACAGCUGACAAAAACGUCAUCACUGAAGUCCACAUGUCAGAUUUGGACUACCUUGCUAAGGAAUUUACCAAACUCAGGACGGCUCAAGAGGAACUGAGAGAGCGAAAAGAGAAAAGUUCGGUUGGUAAAUUGAGAAAGGAAUGUGACUGUAUCCAGCGUGCUCAGCAGGCAGAGCUGUGCCUCCUGGCCCUGCAGUACAGCAUGUGCAGACAGCACUGCUGGAGAGUCUACUGUACCUCUGCUGAGGGAGAACAGCUCACUGCAGCGCGUGGAGAUAUGAAACAGUGUUGGCCAAAGGACCCUUCUGAAAACAUUUUGAGUGUUCUGCAAAAACUGGAAUCUGACUAUAAUCAGAUGAGGGAUAAGAUCCUGGACGGGUUUCCUCUGGAGCAACUUAAGCCUCUUUCUGUUGACUCUGGGAAGAUAACCACAGGAGUGACUUACAUCCCUGCACAGGUGAAGAAGGUGAACAGCAAACCCAGCAGAGCAGUCAGUCAUGUCCUCCAGGACAGAGGUGCUAACCAUGAUGCACGCAAGCCGGAAGAAAAGCAGACAAGUGCUGCAUGCAAAGAGCUCAGCGUGAGCGAGGCGUGGUACGAUGCUGAAGAAGACCUGGAGGCUGCUGCUGCGACGGGACUGGACCAAACAGCGAUCUCAGAAGACAGGACCAAUGAAUCUGCCAGUGAUGAGGCCAAGAGCUCAGUACUCUGUGUUUCCAACCUGCCCAGUAACGUGACACAGAGUGAUGUGAUGCUGUGGUUUGAGAAAUACCAUCCCUCUGAAGUCAGUGUCUCUGUUUUAAAGAACGAUGUGAGAGUUGCCAUAGUGAUGGUAAGUGGCCCCCAAUCGGCUGAGGCUGCAGUGAGAGAGAUGAAUGGCUUCAGCAGGGAAGGCCAUACUUUAAAUGUGGAGCACAUCAGCGGAGCUGUUGGUGGGAGCCAGACCCGGAGCCAAAGCCAGGCCUCGGCCUCCGUCAGUGAGCCUGAGUCCUCACAGGAGGUCACCAAACCACAACCGCCCAAGACUGACCUCAGUGGCGCAGAAAGAAAGUUGAUAUCUCAGCCACCUCUUAGCUCAGGCAUCAAGAACAGGAAGGUGAUCUGCAUCUCGCCCACGGCAAAGGGAACCUGUGUGCCCCAACACUAUGGCACCAUGGGCAGCUUCGAUACUCUGAUGGCAGAGCUGACACAGCGCCACCCAGAGGUUGGGAGGCAGAGGAUUGUGGAUGCUCUGAUAGAGCUGAGGGCCAAGCACCGGGGCAUCCUCAGCGGCCUGCCCCUCAGGACCAUCAGGGAGAUGACGUCCGAGCUUCUGGCCAAACCAGCGAGUGCUACACAGAUAUGAGGAAGCAGGAAUCAAUACUUUUUGGUUUUUACCAGAGAUGUGGAUGUGAUUUUGUUUUGGGUUUUUUUUUCAGCAUCACAUCAAGUUUCUUUUUUACAACUUAAAUAUUUCCUUGAAGAGGGAAGGAAUCAGUCUAAAAGUAAUUGGACGUGAACCUGAGCUGAAAAGGUUCAGUUUGCCUUAAAAAGUAGUUCGGAAACGUUGUCUGUGCUUUCAGAUUUUUGUUUUUGAUUGUUGAGAGCGGAGUUUUUUGGAGCAUUUCAGGUUUGAGGGUUUCAAACGUUGCCUCGCCGGCUUCUGAGUUAGUUUUAAAGAUAAUAGUUUACAUUCUAAAAUGGUGUUUAAGUUUACAUACAGUUGUA